UAUGUUUAUUUCUGGUCUUGUGACGCAUGUUGUUGCAGUUGCACAACACAAACCAACAACAUAGAUACGUUAUACAAAGAUUCAUUCAUUCAUAUUAUUAGAUCUCUCUCUCUCUCUCUUUCUCUGAAUUUCACUCAAGUUAUUAUCAAUAAAAUAAAAUAGCGAAGAUGUGUGAAAGUGGUAGUAGAGUCACAUGGGAAGGUUGCAGCGUCUUGCUCGACAUCAACGAUGGUGACCGUCUCGUUUUCGCUCGUCUCUCCCCCUCUGCGAAAUUGAAGAUUGGGAAUAAGAACUGCUCUCUGCAACCGUUAAUCGGUCGUCCCUUCGGUACUGCUUUUCAAGUCGAUGGACCUUAUCUCUCUCCCGCACAAGGGACCAAUUUGUUACUGCAUCACACUUUUGGGGACAAAUUUGGCUAUUUAUCUAUGUUUAUUUCUAAUUAAUGGUAAUAAUGCUGAAGAAUUAAGAGAUGUUCAAGUAAGUGUCAAGUCGAGGCACAAAGUUGAGGAUAAUUAUCCUGAAGAAGAGAGAGAUGUUCAAGCAAAUGUUGAUUCGAGGGACAAUCGAGAGUUGGUUGACAAUAAUACGGCACAAAGACUGACUGGUGAAGAUAUAGAAGCCAUGCGAAGGCAGGGUGCGGGAGGUAAUGAAAUAAUUGAAGCUCUCAUUGCCAAUAGCGUGACAUUUGAAAAGAAAACAUCAUUCUCACAGGAGAAAUAUAGACUUAAGAAGCAGAAGAAAUAUGCACCAAAAGUACUUAUGAGGCGCCCUGUUGCUCGAAGUAUAUGUGAGGCCUAUUUUAAGAAGUAUCCAUCUAAAAUUGGAUUCUUGCGGGUGGACACAUUGUCCCUUCUGCUUUCCAUGGGUAAUGUUUCUUCAAAUUCUGACAUUCUCGUAGUUGAUAUGAUUGGCGGCCUUCUUACUGGUGCUGUGGCAGAACGUUUAGGAGGUACCGGUUUUGUAUGCAACUCAUAUUCUGGGCAGGCACCAUAUUCCAUGGAUAUUGUGAGGAUAUUUAACUUAAGUGAUGAAAUCUGCAAGAGAAUUGUGCGGUCUCCCAUCUCUGACUUGUUAUCACAAAAAGAAUUACCCGAACAAACUCUGCAACAUGAUGAUGCAUGCAAUGUGGAAAGCCGGUCAACUGAUCAAAUGUCUGCAUCGACCAGCAUGGAGGAUAACUCUCAUUCAUUGGAAAAUGGAAUUUCUGAUCUUGGGGCUGAGAAUACUGAACCUGCUAAAGUUCGGAAAGCUCCAAAGGCUGGAGAAAGGGCACACAAAGAAAUCAUUGACUUGUGGAAGGAAAAUGGUUUCUCUAGUCUAAUCAUUGCUGCUCCGGAGUUGGAUACUUGGGCAUUGGUUAGAGAUCUCUUGCCCCUUUUAGCAAACUCUGCUCCAUUUGCUAUUUAUCACCAAUAUCUUCAGCCUCUUGCAACUUGCAUGCACAAUUUACAGCUUGAGAAAAUGGCUAUUGGAUUGCAAAUAACAGAGCCUUGGCUGCGUGAAUACCAGGUACUUCCAUCUAGAACUCACCCAUGCAUGCAAAUGAGCUCAUUUGGGGGCUACAUUCUCAGUGGAACUAAGAUAUGCAGCACCUAAUUCCAGCUCUAUCAGAAUGAAUAUUCAGUUUUGCUUUGAUUACUGACUUUCUCCAUUUGCAACCUCACUCUUGCUACGUCACUCCUUUGGAUAAUAGCACAUGAAUCCCAAUGACCAAUUGUGUCAUCUUUUGAGCUUCAUAAUGUACCAGUUCAACAUUUUUUUUAGUUUCUGACAAGUUUGUGGUCGCCCAAAGGAAAAGUAUGGCCAAUGUACACUUUUAACUGACGCAUAAAUUUUAUUUUUGGCUGUAAUGAUAUUCUUAUAGAUUUUGUAUUUUAGUUGAUAUUUUUUUCUUCCUAUCCUAAUAUCUAAAUAGUAGUCA